AUGGCCGUCACCGACAAAACCAUUGUCCUCAUUACCGGUGCCAACCAAGGCAUCGGCGCCGCAGUCGCCACACGCCUUGCCAAAGAACACAACUACCACGUAAUCAUCGGAUCCCGCGCCCUCGAAAACGGGCAGAAACUCGCCGACGACCUCAAAUCCCAAGGUUUCUCAGCCGAAUCCAUCCAGCUAGAUAUCACAUCCGACUCCUCCAUCGCCGCCACAACCACCUACCUCACCUCGACCUACGGUCACCUAGACGUCCUGAUCAACAACGCCGGCAUCUUGCUCGAUGGCACUAACUUGCCGCUCCGCAAGCUGUUCGACACCACGCUCUCCACCAACGUCACCGGUUCUGCCUGUCUGACUGAAUCCCUACUCCCUCUGCUGCGCAACUCCGCGCAGCGACCACGGCUUAUCUUCGUGUCGUCCGCUAUGGGUUCGUUGGCCCAUAGUCUCAACCCCAGUGUUCCAUGGUACAAUGGCGAGUACAAGGCCUACGAUGCUAGUAAGGCUGGAGUCAACAUCUUGACUGCGAAUUACGCGCGUAUCCUCGCUGAUAAGGAAGCCCGUGUUAAUUCGGUUUGUCCCGGGCUUGUGAAGACGAACCUCACUGGGUACGUGGCGUAUGGACAUUCGCCUGAAAUUGGGGCGCAGAGAAUCGUCGAGCUGGCGACGCUGACGGGGAAGGAUAGUGAUGUUACGGGGACGUUCUCGGAUAAGGAUGGACCUGUUCCUUGGUGA